GUCAAUUAAAAGCAGUCCAUAACCUAUUCCGCACCGACAUGUCUCCUAUCGCCUUCCUUUAUUUAGCCUCUUCACUCAUCCAUCUCUCUUUCACUCUUUGUGUGUACAUGUUUUAAAAAUAUAUAAUAUUAUUGUAGCAGAGCAGAGAGCGCACAUAUAAGAAAAGAAAGAUCUUUCUCGGGAUCUCCUCAAAUACUAUUCUAGGAACAUGUUGGACUACGAAUGGGACAACCCCUCCGUGAUUAUGUUAUCCGGAGAAGAUCGAAGCCAUCAUCAUCAGCAGCAGCAGGAGCCUGACCCAACCCGAGUCUUGUCCAUUUUCGACCCGACCCAUACCCAUCAUAAUCAGUCCUCUUACAACAACAUUUCUCCACCUCUAUUUUCUUCAUUCUCAAACCAACAACAACAGUUGACCGUCUACGGUCAUCAGACCAACAACAACCAGUUUCAUCCCUCCUUCCUCUACGACCCACGCACCACCACCACUUACGCCCCCGCAUCCGAUUCAAUGUACGGCCAUCCCCACCACUCAGCCUUAUUCUCCUUUGACCAGACAGGGCCAGGAUCCGGAUCUUCUUACAACUUCCUCAUCCCCAAGACCGAAGUCGACGUCUCUCGUCCGCUUGAUUUCACUUCCAACAGAAUCGGUUUGAAUCUGGGAGGGCGGACAUACUUCUCUGCGGCUGACGACGAUUUCGUGAGCAGGCUGUACAGGCGGUCCCGACCUGGUCAUGAGUUGGGAAUGGGGAACACGCUGAGCACUCCAAGGUGCCAAGCGGAGGGAUGCAACGCGGAUCUGAGCCACGCCAAACAUUAUCACCGUCGCCACAAAGUGUGUGAAUUCCACUCAAAAGCUUCAACGGUUGUGGCCGCUGGGCUUAGCCAGCGCUUUUGCCAGCAGUGCAGCAGGUUCCAUUUGCUGUCGGAAUUCGACAACGGGAAACGGAGCUGCCGUAAGCGACUUGCUGACCAUAAUCGUCGGCGCCGUAAAUGUCACCAGUCAUCCUCCAAACCCACUCCGGAUAUUACCACCAAUCCACAGUCACCGAACGAUUCGGGUGUAAAGUCUUCGUCGUCGCCAUCCAACUCGCUUCCUACAAUUUCACUGGAAUGUUUCCGUCAAAAGCAGUUCCAAACAACAACAACACCAUCCUCUUCCACGUCAGCAUCUUCCUCUAAUUCAAUGUUUUUCUCGAGUGGCUAGCUUGCUUAUUUAAGCUUUGCUAUUAGCUAUUAUAAACGACGCUAGCUACUACGUUGUUACGAUUGUUGUCAUCUUUAUAUCAUCAUCUUUGUUAGCAGUGGAUCAUCUUUAUAUCAUCAUCUUGUUAGCAGUGGAUCGUUAAAUUCGUAUUUGGUCAUGUAAUGUGCUUCUUUCUUGAUAUUAGUUAA